UAAUCACGUGGUGUGUGACGUCGCUGCAGCUGCCACAGUGAAGAUGGUGUAGAGAAAAUGGCCACUUUCUGGUCGAUGGGAGGGGGACGGACCGACUUUGGGGCGAAAUCAUGGCCUUUUCCGUAUCUACAGACUAUCGGGAUGUAGUCUGUGAAGACCACGAGAAGACCAUCUCAAGUUUGGUACCCGAAAAACGUACCCCCGGCCUUUGAUUACGAAACAAUUUAGUUCUUUUUUGCCAAGCUUGCCUCUGCUUGUGUUGCCCCUGGAUUUACUGAAGCAUAUUUUUUCGGAGAUCGGCGGUGGUGAGAGUUUUGAACGUUCUGACUUUUGGACGAUCGUGACUUGGUGAAGGAUGGGAUCUGAAAGGAUUGAUCGACAAGUUGGCAGGGUGCUGCGUGACUUGAGGACCUUGUGCAGCAUGUAUGGUUGGUUGUUUCUGGCUGGGAUGUUGUUAUGCAGUGUUGGUCCCGGAGACGCCGUCUGUGGAGGUCGGACUGUGUUGAACGGUACAGAAGGGCUAGUAUCGGACGGAGACGGCAGUUAUCCCGAAAAUACACACUGUGAAUGGCUCAUCAUAGCACCGCUGGAUAAGCCUUUCAUCACUCUCCACUUCUCGGCCAUGUCCACAGAGUGCACCUAUGACUUCCUGUUUGUGCACGACGGCGACUCUUACAGCAGCCCCCUGUUGGGCACCUUUAGUGGGAACACCAUCCCAGAACCCAUCACUGCAAAAUCAGGAAAGAUGUUGAUAUACCUUUAUAGCGACACUAACUAUGUACUAGGAGGGUUUGAGGCCAUAUACUACGCCGAGCCCUGCCCGAACAACUGUUCCUCUCAGGGAACGUGCGUAGCGGGACAGUGCCAAUGUGCCGACCGCCUCUGGAAGGGAGAGGCCUGUCAGUUACAGUGGUGUCCUAACGACUGCCACAUUAACGAGGACCAUGGCACGUGCGAUACGUCAACUGGUGCAUGUUUAUGUAAGGAGGGUUAUGUCGGAGACGACUGCUCCAUGUCUACACGGGAUGACACAGGCGCGUUCACCUGGUACCAGCUAUCGCACAGCGGGACGGGACUGACCGCUCGAGCGAGCCAUGCCGGGGCCUACCACAAAGGGUCGGACAGUCUCUGGAUCUUUGGAGGAUAUACUCUGAACGAUGUACUGGAUGAUCUGAUGAGAUACAACUUUGAGGAGAGUAGAUGGGAAAAUAUGACGACUACAACACCAAGACCAGCUGGCAGACACAGCCAUACGCUAACGACUGUUAACGACUCCCUUGUGCUGUUCGGAGGCGAGCUAGCCAACAGCUCGCUCAUUGGAGACCUCUGGUCGUACGACACAACCUCGAACACCUGGCAGGAGCUUGCCGUGAACGACCCUAACAGACCCCCAGCAGUGGCAGGCCACGCGACAUCCCUCGUGGAUAACAGAUAUCUCUAUGUGUUUGGAGGUCGGCGAGACGAGAAGCACUUCACCUCGGACAUGUACAGGUACGACCUGGUCCGUGGGGCGUGGGAGGAAGUGGAGACGCGGGGCGGAAAGCAGGAGAGCAGACAGCUGGUGGGACACUCCAUGGUCUUCCACCCCUCCUCACGGUCACUGGUCGUGUUCGGCGGAUUCCAACCCAACUAUGCAAAAUUCAGCAACCGUAUCAACACCACCCAUGCCUUCAACGUGGACAAAAACUACUGGACGGAGUGGGAGUACCUGCCUAAUGGCGGCACGCCGGACGUACGGUCCUUCCACACCGCGGACGUCAUGGGCAACUACAUGGUUGUGUAUGGUGGUAACUCCCACCAUCACCAUCAAAACGAGAUCUGCUACGACUACAAGAUGUACUUCUACCACUUGGCCUGUCACAAGUGGGUCAGCUUAGAAGACUUGAUGAAAGACUUCCCCGGGACCAACACCUUCCAGAGACUGCGGGGACGCUUCUCGCACGUCUCUGCCGUACGCGACGGGAACAUCCUGCUGAUCGUUGGCGGCUACAGCGGGAACGUUGUCGGCGACCUUCUGGCGUUCAAAGUUCCGCCCUCCGUGGCUCAGAAUGACUACGUUGCAGCAAACCUAACAAGAAUGGACGUGUGCUCCGAACACUGCCUCGUGAGCUCAUGCACUGCCGACCCAGAAUGCCUGUGGUGUAGUGAGAGUAAUGCUGGUGCCGGGGCCUGUCUGUCCCACCUGGAGGCUGAUACUUGCAGCGCCCCCCAGCUGAGCUGCCCAGGCCUGUGUGAGGUGCUGAAGGAUUGCCAGUCAUGCCUGGUGUGGGGGGGCAGCACCCAGGGGGACAGCCUGCCUGGGCUCAGGACUAACACUGCCUGUGGCUGGUGUGUGCAGGAACAGCAGUGUCAGCGUAGGGACUACCCCACAGGUUUGUGUGGUGGGAUGGCGACUACCAGCGGUGUGGAGGGGUGGUGGGGGAACUCAACCAUCCUGAACAGUCUGGACCAGUGCCGAACACACGACCACCCACCAGGGCUCCACUGGAUCAAAUACCGCAACCCCAAAAACAGCAAACAACCAGAUAAUGUGGAAAUUGUACGUGAUCGUAUCCAGAAGAACUUCGUUUUCGCCAUGGUAACGGCACUAGAGAACCAGCUUGGUGGGAACUACACAGCGGAGUUUAAGGGCUUCAUCUACCCAAACUCUGUCCUGAGUGCAGGACGGACCUACAGCAUGUUGCUGAAGGGUUCCAACGCCUAUUCCACACUGUGGAUGAGUAAGACUGACGAUCCAGCUGGAGCAGAAGUACUAGCAGUUAUCAGUGGAGCUGAGAACAAGCAGAGUAACGCCGUCCGCCCCGACGGCACCCCUCUGUUCCCGGAUGCGAGCCGGGGCACGAGGUACUACAUCAGGGAGCAGUCGGAACUAGUCAUCAAAGCCAACCCUCAGAACCAGCAGACUGCCGUGGUGGGGAUCGAGUGGAACGGUUCACGCAAUUCUCCUUCAACCCAAGAGGUGCUGACCUCCGAGUUUCUCCAGCCGUAUGGCUCCGACAACUGCAGUAACUAUGGCAACUGCCUGGCGUGCAUGACGGACAACAACUGUGGUUGGUGCCCCACCAGUGACAGGUGCAUGUCCAGGGCUGCCGUCAACAGCCUGUCGGACCGCUGUAUGACCAGCUCCGGUGUGGAGCGCUACCUUGUGUUGACUCCGGACGAGUGCGUGAUGUGUGCAGACCACAUGGACUGUCAGACGUGCACAGAGAGUUCUCUGUGUGAGUGGUUAACAGAGGAGGCACGCUGCAUGAGGAGAGGCAGGUUUCCUAUCGCUGUGACCAGUCCAGCAAACUGCUCAGCCCCCUGCACAAGCCGUCACACGUGUGCAGACUGUGUAGGGACCCAGGGGGAGUGUGCCUGGUGUGAGGGGGUGGGGGCAUGCUUCGCCUUCUCUGCCUACAUCACACGAUACCCCUUCGCCCAGUGCUCCCAUUGGCUGGACAGCAAUGGAGACAAAUCCUGUCCCAACUGUUCCCUCCAUGCCACUUGUGAUGAGUGUCUGGCUGACUUCAUGUGUGGGUGGUGCGGAAACGUUGACAACCCCACCCUGGGGAGGUGUGUGGCAGGGGACUUCCAGGGUCCCAGUGGACCCCAGCAGUGUGGGGACAUUGUCGCGGCCCAUUUCAACCUGUCGCCGUUAGAUCCGGUGGGCUGGUCGUACGAACACUGUCCGGAUGUGGAGGAGUGCAGGCUGGGUCUGGACGACUGCCAUGCCAACGCCACCUGCACAAACACACCUGACUCCUUCAUCUGCACCUGCACUCGCGGCUUCCAGGGAGACGGACAUGUCUCCUGUAACAAAACUUGCUACAAUGAGUGCGUGCAUGGUGCCUGUAGCGGGCCCCCAGACUAUGGCUGCAUCUGCGACUUUGGUUGGACAUCCAACGUGACGCAGAUGGCCAUAACAGGGAAGGAGUGCGACUUGGACUGUGGCUGCAACUUCCACAGCACCUGUGUUAACGGAACUGGCCUCUGUGACGAGUGUCAACACUGGACACAAGGGGACACGUGUGACGAGUGUUUGCCUGGUUCCUAUGGUGACGCCACCUCUCUGCUUGGCUGCCAGCAGUGCCAGUGUAACGGCCACAGUAACGCCACAUUAGGGGACUGUGACAUGGGGACUGGGGUCUGCUACUGUAUCGAUAACACACAAGGAGACCACUGUGAAGAGUGCAUUGAAGGGUUCUAUGGAGAUCCGAGGAACGGUGGCAGGUGUUACCACGAGUGUGAUGGCAGGGUAGUCCUGACCAGUAUAGAGUCCUCUGGCCUGGGCUCCCACGCAGGGAAGGGCGUCACCAACAAGUCCCAUGCCUACUGCCUGUGGAUUCUGUCUGUGUACGACAACAUCUACUCCCCCUCCCCACUACCGGCUGUACCAACGGUCAGCUUCACAGUGGAGGACCUACAGGCACUGUGUGGGAGAGACUACGUUUACGUGUACGACGGCCUGCCUAGCCUGGCGGGUGGCACGGUGAAUGGGCAGACGGCGGUUGGUUCGGGCGGAAUCCUGCUUGGUGCCUUCUGCGGCAAUGGGACCCAGGAACCCAUGACUGUGGAGGCUAUUUCAGGGUUUGUCACAGUGUACUUUGAAGCCAACAUCACCCACGGGUCGCCCAGCCAGGGCUUCAAUGCCACCUUCGUGGUGCACAGCUGUCCAGACGAGUGUACAGGGAACAUGGAGUGUCAGGGGCACCAGUGUGUGUGUAAAGAUGGCUACGGUGGCACUGUCUGCUCUGACCUGCUGUGUCCUAACAACUGCUCUCAACAUGGACAGUGCAGUCAGGUUGAGAAUAGAUGCAUCUGCAGUGAAGGCUACACAGGCCCAGACUGCAGUGAGAGAAUCCACCCGUACCAGGCCAUACUGGAGACACUGCGAGACCCUAUCAGGGUAGAUGGUAGUAAUGCCAGCAGGGACCCCUUAAUGAGGAUGGCACACAGCAUGGUGUUGGACGACCACAACGCAUUCUGGCUGUACGGAGGGAUAUCAGUCGCUUAUGGCAUAUUGGGAGAUGUCUAUAGGUAUGACAUCUCAGGAAAGACAUGGUCGCAUCAUGAGACCACGGUAGCGACCGGUCAGACAGUACCCACGGCCAGGUACUUCCACCAGGCGGUUCUGAAGCCCGGAGAGAACCACCUGUUGUACGUGUACGGUGGGAUCACUGCCAGUGGGGAGGACAACGCCUUCGUAAUGCUGAACUUAGACACACUGGAGUGGUCAGAUCUAGAGGAUCCGACCUGGCCCAGUAUAGCAGGCCACACCAUGACCCUGAGGGGUGCUGUGUCCUUUGUGCUGCUGGGAGGGUACUCCCCGGAACAUGGCUUCAACGCUGAUGUACGCGAGUUCAUGUUCCAAACAGGAGACUGGCACACAAGAAGCACCAGUGGUACCCCACCGACUGGUUUGUAUGGCCACACCACGGUGUACAACCCUGACUUCCAGUCCUUCUUCGUGCAUGGCGGCUACCGGUUCUCGCUGGACCGUGUGGAGCCGGCGGCUGACUUGUACAUCCUGCACUACCCCGACUCUGGGACCCUGGUGUGGAGCAUCAUCGCUCCUGCUGACAACAUCAGGCCUCUGCCAAGGUACUUCCAUGCAGCAGUCCACUUGGGAGAGUCCAUGUUGGUGCUGGGGGGUAGAACAGACACCAUCUCCUUCACCAACGACAUUCUGGUCUACAGAUAUGAGUGUAACACAUGGUUGGACCUGUCCACCAUUGAAAACUCAACACUAGGUGAUGAGUUCCCCCCUGUGAUUGGCCUGGCUGCCGCCGCCCAUGACGACCAGGUCUACCUGACCGGUGGUUACGGAGGCACCACCUUCGGCACCCUGCAAUCCCUGACCGUCCCCGACACCUGCGAGUUCUACACCAGCGAGGAACAGUGCAUCGCUAAGAACUGUAACAGCUGUAAGCUAGUCUACCCGGUCAACAGUUCUCUACCUAACGUCACAUACUGCUACUCCCAAGCUCAAGGUCGACCAGACAGGUGCCAGGACACAGACAACGGUGGCAUCACACAGGAGACUGAUGGUUCCACGUGCAGCCUGUCCGUGCUGUCCCCCCAGUGCGGAAACUUCCCGUCGUGUGUCGAAUGUCUGAGCAGUCAUCCACGGAAUCCAAACAGCAUGCAGACCUGCCAGUGGUGCACUAACUGUCCUGAGGGGGCCUGUAUCGCCAGCGGUGGGGACUGCAACGACGAGAACAGCUGCCGUGUAGCGCAACGUGUGGUCAGCCAAGUCGAGAGCUGUCCAUCAAUGACCUGCGAAGCCUCCGACUGCGAGAAGUGCAAGGCCUUCUCCAGCUGCAUGUGGUCCAGGCAGUUCAAACGUUCAGGCGAAACGCGACGAGUCCUCAGCCCCACCCCUGCCUACGACUGGACCUGCUUCAGCAGGAACCUUCUCGGUGUCUCCCCCUACGAAGUGGAGUCGGCUCCACCCAUGGAAUGUCCCACGCCAUGCUACGAGCACACGACAUGCGCUGACUGCCUGGAGAGUAAGGGGGCAGACGGCGGGUGGCAGGAGUGUGUAUGGAGCGACAGCCUAGGCCAGUGCAUGAGCCCAUCAUAUAUGCCCAUGCGUUGCACCAAUGGCAUCUGUGGCCGGGUCAUCCAACACUCGUCAGACUCCUGCAACAAGGCCUGCAUCAGCAACACCCAGUGCUCCACCUGCCUGGCCCACCUACAGUGUGGCUGGUGUGCCGUGGACAGCUUGAACGGCGAAGGCUUCUGUAUGGCCGGCGGCCUGAACGGCCCAAUCAACGACGGCAUCUGCUUACAAAACAACAUCACACUGCCUACGGUAGAUGUCAUACCGGAGGACGUCAGGAACUUGAGCAUCAGCAUCGGCAGGCUGGCCUCUGGAACAUGGGCGUUUAGGCAGUGUCCACCUGAAAACGAAUGCCUGAAUGGCCACUUUCACUGUGAAGAGAACGAGCAGUGUAUCGACACCCCACUGUCCUAUACCUGUGAAUGUAAAAAUGGCUAUGAGAAAAAGGAUGGAAUGUGCAAACCUCAGUGCCGGCAAGGCUGUGUGAACGGAACCUGCACGUUACCGGACGUGUGCGAGUGUUACUUCGGUUAUGUGGGGGACAACUGCUCUGUGUCCUGUCAAUGUAACGGUCACAGUAACUGUGCCAAUGCCACCCACACAGAUGUCUGUCUGGAGUGUGUGAACAACACACAGGGAAGGCAGUGUGAGGAGUGCAAGCCCUUCUUUGUGGGGAAUGCCAGGAACAACGGCACGUGUAUUCCGUGUGAGGAGUAUUGUCACUACAACAGCCAUGUCUGUGUGAGCAGAUACAUGCUGCCACUGAUGGAGGAUUACCCACAGCUAUUCUCGGGUCGCAAUAGGACACAGACAAGCGAGUUAGUGGUGAAAGGAAGUGACAUGGACGAUGCAGUGUGUGUCAACUGCCAAAACUUCAGUGAUGGUGAGAGGUGUGAAAAUUGCCUGGUGGGAUACUUCCCUCAAGAGCACAAUGACCGGAGCGUGUGCACAAAGUGUCAUUGUAAUGGCCAUGGCAGCAUCUGUGAUCAGGACGGUACCAAGUGUGACUGCCACAAUAACACCGAGCCUAAGUGUACAAAGAACGAGGAAUGUUGGAGACAGCAGUGUGCCCAGUGCAAAAAGGAGAUUUACCUUGGUACCCCAGUUGAUGGAGCCCAAUGUUACAGACAAAUGAGUGUUGACCAAAACUUCUGCUUGGACCCCGAGACCCAGACCGAUUGUGAUUUCCACCCGGGCCCUCUACAUCAGUAUCGCUCAGUCUUCUUUGCUGUUCAGCCCAAGUACACCAAUGUCGACAUACGACUCACAAUCGACGUCACUCAAGGAAUGCUGGACGUAUACAUGUCGUACGAUGAGCAGACAUUUGUUGUCGAUGUUAACAAAACCCCGGCGGCACAUAUCGUCGUUAUCAACCAAAGCUACAGAGAAAGAUCUCAGGGACUUGGCGCACGCAAGAAACGACAAGCAGAGGAAGGGGAAGAUCAGGCAAGCAGUGAAGAGAAUAUCUUAUAUGAAGUAGAAGCAGUCAACAUCAACACGUUUGUAACCAUUGACCGAGCUCGGACCUUCCUUAUAGUGAGGAACGUGAAAGACCGCCUAGUCAUCACACUUCCUCACCUCAAACAUGUUCUGAAAACACAGCGAUUCUACAUUGCUUUAGUGGCCCUUCCACACAACAACAUCACAGAGACGUACGGAGUGCUAUUCUACCGACAAGACCAGACCCACAUCGACCUCUUUGUGUUCUUUUCCGUUUUCUUCUCCUGUUUCUUCCUGUUCUUGGCCCUCUGCUUCGUCAUCUGGAAGAUAAAGCAGUCGGUGGACUCGAGGAGAGCGAUGUUGCGAAGGCAGAUCGAGAUGCGGGAGAUGGCCUCCAGGCCCUCUGGGGCUGUGUUGGUGGUCAUCGACUCAGAUGACGACCCACGUACCCCACUAGUUCCCAAUAAGGUGAAACUGCCAAAACUGUCUCUGAGGAAAGGAGGGCCACAUCAACCUCAGGGUCAUGCUGACGAUCCAUUCCACAGCUCUCCGCUGACAAUAGAACCUACAGACGACGGCAUGGCGGCAGUCGUUACCGUCUUCUUUCAGUUGCCCGGAGGCAUGUCGGCGCCGCUUAGAGCUUGUCUGGCCUCUACUCUGGUUACGAUGAAAUACCCGUCAAAUUACGCUCAUGGGUCCCAAACUGUACAGAGUAUGAAAAAGACUGCAACAAGACGAACGGGAACUGUUCCUGUGUGACGUCCUCAAUGUUUGUAACAAAGUAUAUGUAAUUAAUUAUCUGCACUUACCUGAAUGAGAAAAAAAGACCUGGUUCUAUUACCAGACAUGUAUGCUUGAUAUGUAAAGGAAUCACUGUACAUAGUCCCUGGAAGGAUGCAUACAUAUAAAUAAUGUGCAAAUUAUAUUUUUGAAGUGUAGUUUGUAGAUGUUGUGCUGCACAAUGUUUUAAUUGCCUGUCUCUGCCUAUCUCUACGCAACUACAGAAAUAUGCAGGAUUUUAAGUACAUGCAGAAAAAGACAUGUAGAGUUGAACUGAGGCAGAAAUCCAGGCUUGUGAGAGUGUUUCACAAGUGAAGUUUUGACACCUUUGCAUGUAUAUGCACAGUCUCUAUGGCUGUUUUGUAGAUGGAAGGUCUCCCUCAAAAUUUUCCUAUGAAACUGGAAGUAUUAAGUCAGAAACCAAAAGUAUGACCAUAUCCUUGAUAAAACGCUGCACUGAGGGCCUAAGGAAAACCCUCUGUGUACAAUGACUUCUCUGCUGAGAGGUUUUCCAUUGGAUUUGCCAACUUAGGGCUUCAUGCUACUGUGCAAUUGUGUAUAAGAGAUCUUGAUAACUCAGUAGCCACAUUUACUCAAUCUCUGCAAUACACAUAUUAGUAAUCUUUUUUAAACUUCUCACGUGAUCAUAAAAACUUCUCAUGUGAUCAUGCGAGAGCUGAAGCCAUUUUUUGUCUAUAAAAUUCAGUUGACAGGCAUUUGCAAUGCUGCUAUUGUUUUGUUGAGAGAGAGAAAAAUACUUCGUUACUGGCCACAGCGUAAGAAAAAGGCCUGAUUUUAAAUCUGUGGAGACUUUUUUUAGACAUGUGUCUUUGUGCUUUUCAUUCCUUUUUGUUCAAUGGUGUAUAAAUGUAUGGAUAUCAUUUUAUGUAUAUUAAAGCUCUCCACUUUUGUGACGUGGGGACCGUAUGCACUGGCUGUGGGGAGAGUACUGCAAGAAAUGGCUAUUACAGAAUGAUUCAUAUUGUCCAGCUCUCUUCUUUUAUCCUACAAUUUCGAGUUAAAACUGAUUGGACAGAGUCAAAACCACCCAUUAUUGUAAAGCAUAGCUUGCUAUGGCCACCUCUGAUUGUAAAACUGUUACAGGACCAUGCAUUUUUCGUCUUUGUUGUUGCAUCUUUUUAAAUCAUCUCCUUCUGCAUAAUUUCUUACCAAGAAAGAUCACAUGCUGCUGACCUCUUCUGUACUCAGCUAGUGGUUUUCCUUUUGUGAAAAAUAGUAGAAAUAAAUCUAUCUAUGAUGAAGUAGUCAAGUGUAGAAUCAUGACUAUUUGGAACAAUUCUUGUAUUAGAUGAACACCAUUUGUAAAUUGUAAUGGUUGAAUCAUAGCAAAGUAGUCCUUGAAAUUAGGCAGCUUGAUGUCUUGAUACCCUAUACCUAUAGCUGCAUCCAUCCAAAAUCUGUGGUAGCUGUCUUUGAUAUACAAUACUUCAAAGUUGGAUUGACAAUUCUCUUAAUUAUUCUCAUUGUUACAACUUGUGAUUUAUACAUUUCAUAGGAAGAUUGAAACUGUCAAGUAGUGACUCACCUUUGUACAAUUUUUUAUGUCGACACAAUUUUUGGUAAUUUUGAGAUGAUUGGAUAUGUCUUGUUUUGAGAAGCGGUGUACAGAAUGUUGUAACAGCAAAUACAAGCUGAAAGCAGA